GCACCGCACGUACGAUACUGCCUUCAUGUCCGCACACCCCUGGUCUUCAUGACGCUCGCCAUGCCGCACCUGGCCUGAGAAGCUCUGGCACACAUGGACGACGCCGGAUCAACCCCGUCAGGCGGGGACACGCCAAUUGAGGCUGAUUCAUAUAAGGGCUCCGAUGCCUGCUCUAGCUUAUCCGUGACAAGCAACGUCUGGCGCUUCGACAAGGAGAACGGCCGGACAUAUCAUGGCUAUCGACCUGGUGUCUACUACUACCCCAACGAUCCCACCGAAGCCGAGCGCCUCGAAUAUCAACACUGCGUCAUUGACUUUGCCUUGGACAGCCGUCUACACUAUGCCCCUCUCUUCGCUCCUCGCUACGUCUUGGACAUCGGCACCGGCACCGGCGACUGGGCGAUCGAAAUGGGUGACGCCUACCCAAAUGCCACCAUCGAAGGCACAGAUCUCUCCCCCAUCCAGCCCACGGACGUCCCCGCCAACGUGCAAUUCGUGAUUGACGAUGCCGAGCAGGAAGACUGGGCCGUCCCCGAAAACCACUACGACUAUAUCCACACACGCUUUAUGAUGGGCUGCUUCGCGGACUUUCGCGAAAUCAUCAAACAAGGCUUCAAGCACACGAAACCUGGCGGGUGGAUGGAAAGCCAGGAUCUCAUGCACCCGCCGUUUUGUGACGAUGGGACGAUGCCUGAUGACUGGCCGUUCAAGGACUGGUCUGAGACUAUGGAUGAUGCUUCGGAGAAGGCGAAUCGCCGUUUGACUAUUGCGCACAAAUUGAAGAGGUGGUAUAUCGAAGCCGGGUUUGUGGACGUGCAUGAGAAGAUCAUCAAGAUGCCCAUCAAUUCCUGGCCCCGCAACAAGCACCUGAAGACCUUGGGGAAGUUUUGGGCGGAGAAUCUGUUGGCGGGCUUGCAAGGUUUCAGCCUAGCAUUAUUCUCGAGGGAGUUCUUGUGGAGCAAAACAGAGAUUGAGGUCUAUCUCGUCAACGUUCGCAAAUCCAUCACAGACCAUCGCGUCCACGCCUAUCACAAAUACUACAUCGUCUACGGCCGCAAACCAGAGCUCUCUCCCGAAGAAGGACUGGGCGCCUUAACCAUCACAAAUCCAAGUCCUAUCGCUCCAACUCCUUCUGAUACCACACCUUUCCCUCCACACUCGCCAUCACCCAUAGUAGAAAAACUUUCAGGCCUCAGCUCCGAUUCCCAAAAUCACGGCACGGCAGAGAAAGGGCCUGUAGCAUCCGAGAAAGCUGUUCCGGAUGCUACGGACUCGGUACCCUUCAUGCCAUCGCUCCCGCAACAAGCGGUCCAGAUAUAGCUAGCAUAGCUACACGCGACAGCUAAAACUUGGAGCCUUCCCAUCACCCGUUUUUCGAAAUUUUCUAUUCAAGGGCAUGUCCUUACUGUGAAUACUGCCCACGAUACCACGCACCUUCUCCUCGCUUUUCCACCUACCUAG